GGGUGUUUUCUCUGGGUUGGAGCGCUGUGUCUGUUCAACAUGCCGGGGGACGAAGCUAGUGCAGGGACCUCACAGGUCAUGACGCCAGUUUUCAUGGGUGCCCCAUGGUCACAAAAGUUUAGUGGCGUUGGGACUGAGUUAAAAUUCAGAGACUGGAAACAACAGUUAGAGACUAUGUUAAGCCUGCAGGCGCUUAAUGAACAGCAGAAAGCUGCCUUCGUGCUCAGUAAUCUAGAGGGGGAAGCUAGACGAGAAAUUUUGACAUUGGAGUCAGCAGAUAGAGACACUCCAACUAAAAUUUUUGCUGCACUAGCGAGGUUAUAUGGGGAGAUUACCUCUAUUGCCGCUCUGCGAACCCAGUUUUUUAACUGUAGGCAGGAGUCUGGCCAAUCCCUUAAAUCUUUCUCUCUACGCCUGCGUGAACUGUUUUCAAGGUUGAAAGAACGGCGGGACGGUCUUGCCAAUGAGGAUCCUGUCUUGCGUGACCAGUUCAUCAUGGGCCUAAAGGACGACCAUGUGAGACGAGAGUUAAGACAACAAGUGAGGAGGAACUCGGGCCUUUCAUUUGCGGACGUAUGGAAGGAGGCGCUGGCCCUGGAGGAAGAGCAGAACGACGGGUGGCCUACUACGUCCUGCCUGACGCAGUGCGCGUGUGCAGCGAAGUGUGGCCUGGAUUGUUUUGGAUUGCCUGGACGCCCGCUCGACUAUUGGCCGCCCCCCUCCCUUGGAACUGUGUGUGUGUGUAGCUGCGCACGGCCUUCUCCCUCGCUUCCUGGAUCAGACGUGCUUCUCUCCCCCCACCACUCGGAUUGGUCCACUGCUUGUGAACUGGUGCCUUCUCUGCUUAACGGACUGUGUCUUUUAAAGUAUUGUGUUAAAUAAAUAUAUUUGAUUUUCAUAA